AUGACGGAUGAUCCAAUCUCAGAAAAGAGACCAGAAACAACAACGCUGAGACAUCUAGAACCUCGUUAUUGCUCGAUACAUCAUCUAUCUGACUUUCAAGGAUUUAAUAAGUUAACUAGACUGAAACUAUGUGAAGUCAUAAUUUCUUCUGAAUUGCUGGAGAUUUUAAUAUCUCAGUGCCCCUUGCUUGAGCAGUUGGUGUUGGAUAAUUCAGAAGAAAAUUUAGACGAGAUUGAAAUUAAUGCCCCCAUGUUGAGAGUGCUCCAUUUCACACGCAAUUUAAGUUUAGUCUACUUAAAGAAUGUCCCUCCUCUGGUAGAACUAUCUCUGGUAGGUGACCAAAUGCAGGAAGCGGAUCUUGAUUUUGCAAAGCUUUUCAAGUCUUGUUCUGCUGUGGAGCACCUAUCCUUUAGCUUUUUAAAUUUCAGGUUCUACGAUGAAGAUGAAUAUGAAGCACCAACAAGUCUUCCCUUUAAUCUUAACAGUGUCAAACGAUUUCUCCUGCCUAACAUUUUGCUGGUGGAAUCAUAUAAGCUCUCAUACGCUCUUUGCUUGAUAAAAAUCUGUCCAUGUUUAGAAUACCUCGAAAUACAGGUCUACGAUGAUGAUAGUGAUACUGAUGACGAAUCUACUGAAAAAUCAGUUGACCUUAAAUGUUUGUCAAACGUGACAUUUAAUCACCUCGGGGAAGUUAAGCUAGAAAACUUUACAGGAAGAACGUCUGAGAUGCAGAUUAUCAGGCUUUUGUUAGCCAACUCCCCGGUGUUGGAGAGAAUGCUAAUAGAUCGAUGGUAUAUAGAUCAAGAACCUCUUUACACAAGAUUAAAAAUAUUCGCUGAGGUAUCAAAUUUUUCGUGUGCAUCACCUAAAGUGGAAAUAGUGUCACACCCCCUUUUUUAACUCCAAAAGAUUAGAAUAGAUUUUAAGUUUCGAAA